CCGCGGAUGCAUCUCCAUUUCGUCUCUGAUUCCCGCUUGGAGUAGAUGUGAGGCCCUCUUCUCGCCUUAAUGAAGCUGUCCUCCAUGGUGGCUGACGUGUGGAAGCGUUUGGCGGCCAUGUUGUCGCUGCCUGAUCUGCUAGUUUUGGGCUGCCUGUGGGCCAGUGGCUUCUCGUUCGGCUACUACAUCAAGUCCGCCUAUGUGUACGACAACUUGUGGCCCCAUUGGUACGCCUUGGUCGGAGGGAUCGGUAUCUUGGCCUUGGCAGUGGGCUGGACCCUCAGGAAAAAGAGGAGGCAGCAGUGCAGCUACGAUCACUUCUACGUCAUCUUCUAUGGACUACUGUGCUCGCUGAUGGGAAGUUGCUUCAUGCUUACCAGGCAGAUAGCUGUGAGCCACUACUUCAGUUUCGUGGGACUAAGUGUUCAGUACUUGGCGGGAUUCAGCUACGUGAGUCUGCGGUGUGAUGCCUCUGGAUCCAGGCCCUCCAGGAUCGCCUUUGCCAACUCCCUGUAUGCGGGCGGAAUGUCCACUGGCUUUGCGAUCUUCAACGAGAUGGAACCCCAAAGAAGUGGCCUCAUUUCCCUGGGAAUCAACCUGCUUCUGCUUUGUUUGGUUUGCCUGAACGAGCUGCUCCAGCAUGUGGGCUGCAUCAACUACAAGGAGUCUCGGGAUCUGGUGUUCAACCUUCUCAAUGAGGAGCGGAUGGUGUUCCUGCCCCGCAAGGCGGUCCUCGCCCAGUUCGUGGGUCGCGCGGACUACAAGCUGAAGGACAGUCGCCAGUGGCGGGUGCUGCUCCUAGGAGGAUCUUUGGUGUGCCUGCAGAAAAGCUGUCUACUAUUCUCGCCCACCUUCAUGCAACUGAUGUGGAGCGCCACGGUUGGCUAUCUCCAGAAGACCCAGCUUUUCAUCCCCUACGUGCUCUACGCCGGAGGCUGCAGCUUCGGUGCUCUGCUACUGAUGCGAUACACCCCCAAGCUGGUCUACCUCCUCGCCGGCGUCAUCCAAGUUACCCUGAUAGUGGCCCUCCUCUGCAUCUUUGACGAGGACCGAUCGGAGCACUGCUUUCCGUUCCUCUGCCUCAUAUACGUGACUAUGGGGGUGCUGUCGAGCCAGGCAAUCCAUUGGCUCCUGGAGUACUCCCCCUUCCUUUACACUGAGCUGGUCUUGGCCUCUGGAUUUAUCCUCCACCUGGUUGUCCAGGAGAGCUGCAAGUACGAGGCCUAUGCCACUGACCUUUGGAUCGCUCUGCUCAGCGGGAGCUCGGUAACUUUGGGGCUGACCGUGGUGGCAGUUGUGGCAGUGCAGUGGCUGCAGCCGCACUCCGCCAGCCUCGUGGACGUUCGCAACCGCCUGCUGGGGAUCCGGCGAAUAGAGCCGCCCCCCGAGCAGACCCAGUUCUGGCACACCAACCACUUCCUGGCCCACAACAAGCCCGCCAAUCAACUGGAGGCCGUGCAGGUGGGCCGGAAGCGUGUGUUCCAGCAGUAUCCAAUCAGUGGGAGCGACAUCACGGACAACCCCAAGGCCGAUAAGUUCUGACACAUUACUUGCCCAGCCUAAUGAUUAACAUUCUCCGUAUUUAUAAAUUUUUCUUGUUUUUAAAAGUUAUAAAAUAAAGGCUUGUAUUGUUAUGAUUCGAGAACGAAAGGAA